AGGUACAGGUGUGGGAAAAUACAGUAGGAUGAGUAUCAUAAGUUAACUAAGGAUAGGAUAAACGGGAAAAGAAUAGAGGACAACAGCAGAUAAGUGUAGAGCAAAGGGUGAUAAUUAACAAGAUAAGAUUUAAUAGAUACACUUGACGAGAGGAUAGAAUGUACCUGACUACGGGACCAUCGAGUGGAAACGGAGGGAGUUUUGGAGGAGCGGGUAACUAUGGGGGAAAUAAUAAUAAUCAACAAAACCUCGUAGGGCAGAGUAAUCCCGGAGGAAGCGGGUUCGGGAACGCAGGCGGACCGAACAGGGUUUGCUAUAACUGCGGUAAACCCGGGCACUUCGCUAGAGACUGCUGGUCCGGACGCGGAAGGCAAAACCAGCAAAUUCAACAAGAUCCGGAGAUCGAAGAGAUAAAGGAGCAGUUCAGACAAGCAAGGAGUGAAAGACAGGAACAAGAAGAGAGAAGGAAGGCUGAGGAGGAGAAGAGGGCGAGAGAGGAGGAAGAAGUCUGGAAAAAUCAGGACUUCGCAAGGAAGAUGGAGGAAUUGAAGCUCCAACUACGCAUCGAUCUGAACGAAGAAUGGAGGACGAAGAAUCAGGCAGCGGAGGAAGCCGUGCGUGACACAAGGAGAGAGAAAACGGUCAGCAAAGCCAGGAAAGGGAAGAGAGGCCGGCGAAAGGUACGAAAGACAAAGAGGAAAGUCUACUUCGACACGAGUGAGGAAUCUACCACGGAGACGGACACGGCUUCGAGUUGCACAGACACUGCGAGCGACUCGGAGAUACGCAGCAAGCGAACGUGGUCAAGGAAGCGGGGAGGAAAGGGGAGAGCAAAGGCCGGAAGCAGGAAAGGGAAGGAGGCAGCACCUAUGAAGGAGGCCACGCCAGUAGUACACGAGAAGGGUGAAUGCUCCAGGAAAGCACCAACGGAAGGAAGGGGAAGUGAGCAUCGAGAUGAGACUGCGAAGGGGGAGGAUGGACGGGAUAAAGAAGCGGAGCCGAAGACACCACUAACAAAUGGGUAUAAAGGGCUCUCAGCCAGCUGUUCGCAACAAGGUUUGAUAGAAUAUUGCAUCUCGGCUCAUAAAAUCUAUUCGGAGAAGAAGGCACACACUCUCAGAAGAAUUUGCGAGAAGAAGGGUAUUAAAUACACUACAAAGCCGGAAGUCGUAGAACUGUUGGCGCGACAACAAGUGGAACUCGCGUAUGACGGGUUCGAUACGACCAAGAACGCUGACGACACGAACGGAAGAGGGAAGGCACCUGAGACGCCUAGAAAGGAGACUUUAAAGGAGAAGACCGUGAUGGAGACUCCGACGAUGCGACAACCCAGAAUCGCGACUGAAGAUCUGAUCGGCAGCAAGAUCGGUGAUAGAGCGAUAGCCACAUUUGUAAAGAUCAGGAUCAGGCUGGUCUGGAGUAGAAACAAGAUUGUCGGCGAGCUGCUGCAUAACCAGAAGAAAUACGCAACGGAGGUGGAACGGAUCUGCAACUGUACAGGUAGCAACCUACCAAAGGUGGAGGGACAUGUAAAGACAAGAUUCGCGAACCUGAAGGAUAUACCGAGCUUUGUCAGGAACGCGAGGAACGUGACAAGAUCAGACGGAGCGGUGGACAUACGGACACUGGAGCAGGCGAUCCUGGCUGCUACGAAACACUUGAGAGGACCGGAGAUACCGGUGGUUCUACCGAAGGACACAGUACGCAAGGAAGCGAGACGAAGCCCAGCGUGGACAGAGAAUGAAGUGCACAACUGGAGAAGGAUAUUUGAAGGAUUCGUGCUCACACCGAUAGACUGUAACCAGGGGGAUACCGCGGUCAUCUGCCCGGUUCUAUACCGCCACGCUUUUGGAAAGGUAUUCCUCUGGAACGAGAACUACGAAGCCGUCGGCGAUCUGAACUCGGAAGUAGAACUGCUGCGGAAGGGCAGAGAGGACUUUACGAACCUAAAGCUGGACAAAAUCGGAGGAUGGAAACCUGACGGGAGGCUCGAGACCGCCUAUGUGAUACCGAAGCACAAGGACCUGGAUAGAUGGAGGCCCAUAGCACCGGCACCAUCUGAUCCAGGAGCACUCGCACAACGGCGAGUAGCGAGGGCACUACACUGUCUCUUUGUGAGGCUGCCGGUGACAAACCCCUUCUGUUUGAACUCGGUGGCUGAACUCGGCAGACGGAUGGAAGCAGCUGCGCGUAGACUAUAGAACGAGGGUUGUACGGAAGUAGCAGGACGAUGCUACGACAUAAAGGAGAUGCUCUCAAGGAUUCCGCAUGAGGUUGUGCUACAAGCAG